UCUAUUACAGAUCCUGACUUCACUUACCUAGGAGGUAUUUUAAAUCCCAUCCCAGACUGCCAGUUUGAGCUCUCAGGAGCUGAUGGAAUAGUACGUUCCAGUCAAGUAGAACAAGAAGGAAAAACAAAACCAGGACAAGCAGUUGACUGCAUAUGGACAAUUAAAGCUACUCCAAAUGCUAAGAUUUAUUUGCGAUUUCUUGACUAUCAAAUGGAGCAUUCAAAUGAAUGUAAAAGAAACUUUGUCGCUGUAUAUGAUGGAAGUAGUUCUAUUGAAAAUCUGAAGGCAAAGUUUUGCAGCACCGUAGCGAACGACGUCACGCUGCAGACUGGGACAGGCGUGGUUCGAAUGUGGGCAGAUGAAGGCAGCAGAUUAAGCAGAUUCAGAAUGCUGUUCACUUCAUUUGUGGAUCCUCCCUGCUCAGGCAACACUUACUUCUGCCAUAGCAACAUGUGCAUCAAUAAUUCUUUAGUCUGCAAUGGCAUUCAGAACUGUGCAUACCCUUGGGAUGAAAAUCACUGCAGAGAGAAGAAAAAAACUGGACUGUUUGAACAAAUCACCAAAACUCAUGGAACAAUCAUUGGCAUCACAUCAGGGAUUGUUUUAGUUCUUCUCAUCAUUUCAAUUCUAGUACAAGUAAAGCAGCCUCGCAAAAAGGUUAUGGCUUGCAAGACUGCUUUCAAUAAAACCGGCUUCCAGGAAGUAUUUGAUCCUCCACAUUAUGAACUGUUUUCACUAAGGGACAAAGAAAUUUCUGCAGAAUUGGCGGAUUUAUCAGAAGAACUUGAAAACUAUCAGAAAAUGAGACGCCCUUCAACAGCUUCCAGGUGCAUUCAUGACCACCACUGUGGCUCCCAGGCCUCUAAUAUAAAACAAAGCAGGACAAACCUCAGCUCCAUGGAACUUCCCUUUCGCAAUGAUUUUGCGCAGCCUCAGCCAAUGAAAACAUUUAAUAGCACAUUCAAGAAAAGUAGUUACACCUUCAAACAAGCGCACGACUGUCCCGAGCAAGUCAUAGAAGACAGGGUGAUGGAAGAGAUUCCCUGUGAAAUAUAUGUUAGAGGAAGAGAAGAUACAGCACAAGGUUCAUUAUCUAUUGACUUUUAAUUUCCUAGGGAAGGUGGUAUCAGUGUAUAUACAAGAUGCCUGUGUACAAUGACAGUGUAUAUAUUAAAAGUGUACUAUAAGCAGUGUGUGGAAUGCACACACUUUUAGCUUAUUAUACUUCAGUUAAAAAGAAAAACAAGUCUUCAUAACUAAUUCUUGCUGAAAAAUGGUGGAUUUCCUCCCAUCUUCCAAGCUAUCUAUCAAAUGGAGGAGUGAGACAAAGACUUUGCAUGGAAAUAAGUUAAGGAUAUCGGAAGUAAAAAAACAACCUACUAAUCAUUGAAAACUGCAAACAGUGACUACUCUUCCUCAUACCAUUUUCUCUUUAGAUGUCUGCUUUUCAAGACAAUUUUAAUACCUCAGUUAAAUAAAAGUAGUUAAGUGCA